GUUCUGCCUUCCAUCCCAAGCUGCCACGCCCACUAGCGUUUGGAGAAGGAAGGGUCCCCGAAACCGGAAGCGGUACCGGGGAUGGUGAGCGAAACCGGAAAGCCUCAGUGACUCACUGAAAAGAGUGGCGCAUAGCUGGAUACUGGUGUUCGCUUACUGGGAUGCGGAGAUGGCUGUCUGAUAGUUACUGUCCGUGGAUGUCCAUCUGCCAUUGAGCUGUACAGGAGGCUGAGCUUGUCUUCUCCCCUCAGGAAGUGAUACUGGAGUGUCCCAAUGCCUCUUGGUCUCGGCCGCAGAAAGAAGGCUUCUCCUCUGAUGGAGGAUGAAGAUGUCAGCGAACGCAGCGCACUCGGUGUUUCCCAGGCAGUCGGCAUGCCUGGCGGUUCUAUAGCAUCCAUUCCCCCAGGGUUACCCCCUCCUGCCCCCGCACUGCGCCCCAGACUGGUCUUCCACGCUCAGCUUGCCCAUGGGAGUCCCACGGGCAGGAUCGAGGGAUUCAGCAAUGUGAAGGAACUGUAUGCCAAGAUUGCCGAGGCCUUCACUAUUCCUGUUGGGGAGGUGAUGUUCUGCACGCUGAACACUCACCGGUUGGACAUGGAUAAGCUGCUGGGGGGGCAGAUUGGCCUGGAGGAUUUUAUCUUUGCUCACGUGAGGGGACAGAAGAAGGAGCUGGAGGUGUAUAAAUCCGAGGACUCUCUUGGGCUAACAAUCACUGAUAAUGGAGCAGGCUUUGCCUUCAUCAAGCGCAUUAAGGAGGGCAGUGUCAUUCACCGUAUGCAGUUAAUUGGCGUGGGAGAUAUGAUUGAGGCUAUCAACGGGAAAAAUCUGAUUGGCAGCCGUCACUUUGAGGUGGCCAGAAUUCUGAAAGAACUGCCCCGAGGGCGUAUGUUCACGCUGAAAUUAUGUGAGCCCCUAAAGGCCUUUGAAAUGAUUGGCCCACGCUCUGGCUUAUCUGGUAUCAGUUCGGGAACAUCUCCGUCUGGCAGAGGGACGCUACGUCUCAGGUCUAAGGGCCCCCCCACUGUGGAGCAACUGGUCUCCGUUAUAGAAGAGAAAGCUGUGCAGAAAGUGGAUGAUCUGCUGGAAAGUUACAUGGGGAUCAGGGACAGUGAGCUCGCUGGCACCAUGGUGGAACUGGGAAUGGAUAAACAGAACCCGGACGACUUUUCUCAGGCUUUGGACCGCACGCUUGGGGACUUUGCCUUCCCAGACGAGUUUGUAUUCGAUGUGUGGGGGGCAAUAGGAGAUGCCAAGGCUGGCCGUUAUUAACCCGCAACAUUCCUUUAAUAAGGAAGAACAUGCUGCUGCCUCUUCUACAACAUCAUGGAUGCUCCAGCCUAAAGAGACAGAGGUUGAUUGGCUGACUGGUUUUUAGAGACACUGCCAUUGAGCAAAGAGUGGAGAGACUGUUACACCUGCUGUUAUACAUAUGGCAAACUAUUCGCAACCGACGGGAAAUGAGACCUGGCGCGUCUCUGGGUUACUUACUAUUUGUCUUUAACCACUGUCCAAGUCAGUGAGGUGGAAGCCAUAGUUUCUUAGAUAGACUGUUACCUCUCCGUCCCCAUUUUUCCUCAUAGUGAGGACAGCUACAAAGCCACAUCUUGGGCAAGACAAUGGUGCCUCGGUAAACUCUACUAACACUACACCCCAGCCUCGUCGUUGGUUACAUUCCUCACUGGGUUUUAUGGACCAAGAUUACAUGAUCAGGUGUAUGAGAUACAUUGAGGUGUAAUACAAUUAGAACUAGGGAUUUCCAACUUGCAUCUUUAGCACAGCCCCAGCACAGCUUGGAUAUCCCUGAGUACUUGACACCUUGAGUCCUAUUUACUUUCCUUCAAUCUAAAUGGUGGGUUAGGAGUAUAUAAAGUGUAAUAUUGCCCCAUUUUAGUUCAAUCUGUAUGGCUCUCCAGCUGCUACUGAGGCGGGAGUUGUAGUUUAACACUCACAGGUAGAUGAUCCCCUCUCUUAUAGGUUUAAGGUAUAUGUUGCUUUAGAACAGAGAUCUUCAGGCUGUGUCUGUCUCCAGAUGAUACUGAAUACGGGAUGCAGAGAGCUGUAGUUCAGCCGCUGAUGGAGACAGCCCCAGUGUGACGAUCACUAGCACAUUAGGCUACGGUGCUACCCUGUAGGUGCUGUAACUUUAUCAUCUCACAAACUGAGCAAGUGACUGACACUAAUAACUUAUGGGAGUUCCCUACUACUGUCAUUGUCUUUAUGGACUCUCUCUUUUUUUAAUUAAUUUAACACAUAUUUGCCCAUUUUACGAGAAAAUACUGAGUUUAUUAAAAUAUUUUAUACUUAUUGUU